AUGACACAAUCUCGGCCUCUCCCGCCCAACAAGGCCCGUGCACACAGUUCCAUGGCCCUGGAGCUUGUGGUGGGUAAGCCCAUAUCCCCGAGACACAGGGCCAGUGUGACAUCCGGGACACCACGGCUCACCUUCCCAGGUUUCCCCAGUGUACCCAUUUACCGACACACCGAUAGGGAGAAUGAACAGCUGGUUGGCGUCACUCGCGUUGUUGAGUUACCGUUUUCUGUGGCAGACGUGAGCAGGGGAGCCAACGGUAAAAAGCGUCUGGGCAUCGGCAAGUUCCUCAAGACCCUCAAGCGGGACCUCAAGCGAUCCUCGGGCACCAACACCAACAAGAACAACAAGAACAAGCUCACCCACAACCUCAACAACCUCCCCAGGAGCUACGGUGAGGGAGGGCUGGCCACCACGCCCCUGGUCAUGCUCCCCGGGUACUCCUCCCCUGCCUCCUCCCGCGGCUCCCACUCCAGCCACUCCCACUCCAGCCACUCCCACUCAAGCUCCCACUCCACCAACGCCGCCUUCGUGUCGGCCUCGGCCCCCGGCACCCCAGGCUCGUCAGGGCCCAUCAGGGACUCCGGCCUCCAGGAGGCCAUAGAGCGGCUGAAGGAGCAGGAGAUGCAGCGACGACGGGAGGAGCAGUUCCGGGAGCACGAGCAGAUCCUGAGGGACCUCCGCCAGGGUCUCCUCCGCAGCGAGAGGCCCCUGAGAGAGACGGCCAUUUUCUAUACCAAAGGCGCGCCCUACCAAGAUGACACGUACAUGUAUGAUGACGACGCUGGCGAGGCGGGGGCCGGGGCGGGCCCGGGCGUGGGCGUGGGCGUGCUGGGUCCGCCGCACCACUGGUACGACGAGCCGCCCUACGAGUCCGACCCCGAAGACUUCCUCAUCGGCAAGGACGCGUACAGAGAGCCUUACGGCGGCGGGCUGCGCGUGGUGGUGACGGAGGAGGACAUCAUCUCCCUCAGGACGGCGGGCGACAUCUCGGUGCCGCGGGACGUGGCCAAGGUGGCGCACACCCACUGGGCCGCGGCCGGCGGCCCCCAGUUCCCGCCCCGCGCCGCCCACGCCUCCUGGGUGGAGCCCGCGGCCCAAGGCAGCGGCGGCUACCCCGUCCCCGUGUACGACAACGUGCGGCUGGUUAGCGUGGGUGGCGGGCGGGCGGUGGGGCGGGGCAGCCGACGCUCCGAGCCGGACUACCACAACAUGGAGGGGGCGGCACGGGGCGGCCCCCGGCACCCCCGCCGCCCCCUGCUGCGGGAGGGCGGCGCCGCCGGGGACGUCGCCGCCGCCGACGUGCACAGCGUCACCUCGAGGCUGUCCGGCGUGUCCGUGGAGACCAACCGCUCAGACCCCACCGAGCUGCGGCUCUCCAAGUACCUGAGUCGCAGCAGCAUGAGUGGCGGAAGCGAGGAUGGCCAAUCUCCCUCCCACUCAUCAGACUACGAGGAACAGGACGAGGCGGAGAGGACUGGCUCAGCCUCCCUGGUGGGACGCAUGCGAGGCCUCCGCCGGGACAUGCAGAAGAAGAUCUCUCGCCUGAAGAGUCCACGGGGCAGCACCUCCAGCUCCCCAGGCCCCCUUGGUGCCAUGGAGCGGCCUGGAGCAUCCCUCUCAACCCCUGGGACGACUCCUCACACCACAGCUGCCUCCUGUGAGAGCAUCCCCACAGCAGCCCCGCCAGCCGUGCCACCCUCAGGAAGCAACCGCUCUUCCCUGUCAGGGGAGGAUGCCGAGCCCUACACGGGGCCCUUCAUCGGCCGGGCACGGGCCUUGGUGGACUAUCAGCCCUCGCCCUAUGACAGGGACGCACUCAAGUUCAAGAAGGGAGACACCAUCAACCUCAUUGCCAAGAACCCAUCUGGUCUGUGGAAGGGCUGUGUGGAUGGCAGAGUUGGGCAUUUCAAGUUUAUCCUGGUGGAGGAGGAGGUGGAGCGUCCUGUCCGCAAGAGCCGUGCCAGAAGGGGCACCACACCACGCCGGGGUCGCUCCCGCACCCUGGAGGAGCUGCUCAACCGCCUACACCUCGGCCACCUCAUCCAGGUGUUUAUGCUCAAUGGGUAUGAAGACUUGGAUCAGUUCCGAGACCUGGAGAAGGCCGACCUGGACUGUUUGGGCAUCACAGACCCGGAGACAUGUGCCAAGUUGUUGACGGCUGUGGCUCUGCUCCACGACGCAGACUCUGAGCCUGAGCCAGACCUCCCGGAGACCCUGGAGACCACUGAGGUGGCCCUGCGGCGGGGUGACCAUGGCCGCGACUCAGGCUGCUACACUGACCACCGCUGCUCCACCCAGCCACCCAGCGUCCUUGACGAGAACAACCUCGACACCCGGCAGUCUACUCCCUCCACAGACACCUCCUCCGGCUACCACUCCCGAGGCCCCUUCAACAUCUCUGUGGGAGAGGCCAGCCAGUCCACGAGGGAUGAUGCUCAUGGCUCAGCCCUAGAUUCCCCUCCCUCCGAGGCCACCACCACCACCAGCGGCACCGCCACCCUUCCCUCCAGCACAUCCGAGUCCCACUCAUACCGUGCCCACCCGGCCACCGUCCUCCCAGGCAGCCCUCAUACCCAGGCCCGCCAUGCCCACCACCAGGGGGACCCCAGGGUGAGGCAAGACCCAGAGGUUGACUACGAGGCCAAGUUUGUGACGGCACGCAGUGUGUUUGAGAAAGAGGUGGUGCGUCGGGAGGUGCCCGUGUCUGUCCGGGGGCAGAAGCGCAGCACAGACUCCCAACAGGCAGCAGGGGGCGAGGCAGAGCAGGCAGGGAGCAGUGAGGCUGAUGGAGAGGCAGCAGAGUUGCCACCAUGAGCCACCAUGCAUCUGGCCAGGACCGAGUUGUUACUCCUAGCACUAGCGUAGCAACAUGAGAAUCACUGUUCAUGUGAUGCCCUUCCUUCCUCACUAGAGUUUGGAGUCACUGUACAAGUAAAUUUAUCCUGGGACCCAGCGAGACGGUUCCAACACAGAAUACCUCCUCAUUGUUGACUGAUGAUCAAUUUAAGUAUUCUUUGACAUUUUUUAUUUCUCAGUGUUCCAUAGUGCAGGUUGAUGCAUGUUACAAAAUUUAAAGUGACAUAUGGAAAGGAUUCAAGUAUAAAUAUAACACCAUAAGUAACGAACCUGGGCUAAACAACAUUGUAUUUAACUGUGUUGCACGUCAACCCUUGUCAGCUAGUUUUUGCCUAGGUAAGAGGGGAGAGUGACCGUGGUUUUAGUGAGCGGAGCGAGGAGCGCUGAGCUGGCCAGGCACAAGCUCCUUCCUCAGAAGUUCCUGAGUUGGGGAGUGGCUGGCAGGUGGGGGAUGCAGCCAACUUUUAUAGCUUGUCUUUCACUUAUAUCUUAACACAGUUAUAUAUGAUACCAUAUCAUUUUAUAUAUAGUAAUAGGAUGAUCCAAUAUGUAAUUGAUGCUGUACUUGUGAGAAUCAACACUUGCUCCGCGGCACGUGGAACUUGUGGGAAUUCUUGUGAAAGUCAAUCAAAUUCUUCCUCUUAAUAGUUUUAAGAAAAUUUAAUUUAUGCAAACUUUACUUAAACACUAUAUGUAAGAUAUACAGUAUUAAUUAAUUGAUUCUUAGAAAUAUUGUAUUGAGAUCAAAAUUGUCUACGUUAGAGUAUUGUGAAGUAGUGUAGGAGGAGAAAUCUCUGGGUGACGACGCGAGUCACGUCCUAAGUUCUCCCUUUGUGGCAGCAGGAUCAUCAGUCCUCGGUUAUAAUGAUGCCAAGUUGUGAUACUAAAGAGCCUGUGUUCCAGCGCCGCCUGGCGGGUGGCGGGGCGGGGCGGGGCGGGGCGCGGCGGCCGCCCCCACAUGUUCACUGUGACGUGUCCGGCUGUGUUAUCUAACGUGUCAACAGUAACUUUCUGAUGCCAAGAUUUAGCAAUUAUGUGCACUGGUUUUGUUUUAUAUAUAUAUAUAUAUAUAUAUAUAUAUAUAUAUAUAUAUAUAUAUAUAUAUAUAUAUAUAUAUAUAUAUAUAUAUAUAUAUAUAUAUAUAUAUAUGCAUACAUAACCAUUAUCAAAAUUAUUUUUUUACAUUAUCUUGAAUGUAUCUUUUUUUUUGUUUGACAGUGUUGUGUACUUGAUACACAUUGAUAUUGUAGGUUGAGUUCAGUCUCAUCCUUACCCUGCAAGGGCAGAGGAUUUUAUUUCAUCUAAACUUUUUUUUGGUAAUAUGUACACUUUGGUUCGGGGCCGAGCAGGCUCCCGGUGUUGAUAAUGAUAAAGAUGCGCUUCCCACAAGGUCACAUCAUAUGUUCCUCCAGCUCUUUAUUCCAAAAAACUUAAGAAGUUUUACUCUUCCAACUUUUGUAUUGUACAGAUGUCAUCAUUAUUUGUAUAUAGUAUAUAUUAUAGUUAGAAGUAAA